AAUUUCAGCAGACUGUGUUUCUGAAGGAGAACCCAAGCUGGAGCAUGGAGCCAAGUUAAAUGCACGUAGUUUGAUCGUGCGUUAUUCUCCGUAUACGAAUCGUGAUAGGGUUGAAAUUGCCUUGUGCAUGUUGUAAUGCUCUGGAUGAGAAUGUGUUCGAUUUCUCUUUGUAACAGACUGCCAAAUUAAAAUGAUUUUUUUGUCUUAGUUUAUCGAGAGCAAAAAACCCGCUUAACGAGGAAAAAGACUACAGCUUUCAUGUUUUAAGAAACGAUCGGAGACGGUUCAUAGCAAAUGGUUAAUGGAAUAUCAUCGACAGCUUUAAUCAUUUAUAUCUACCGCAUGCAAUUGUUAUAUAACACUCAAUUUCAUAUCUGAUAACCUAUUCAGCAACCACCAUGUUCUCAUCAGACACGAAAUAUUUCAUCUUCAUCAUUUUCAUGGUCUUGUGUAGCGGUUCAGAAUCAUUCAGGCUUUACACAGAGAAGUCUUUAACAGCGGUGCGAGGCGGAAAUAUCUCCCUACCCUGUAAUUUCUCCGUUCAUGCACAUGCAGUCUACUGGUACAAACACAACUUCAGUGGAGCGCCAGAAAACGACGCUGAACUCGUAGCCCGUGAUGUCUUAGGGGUAUCUGACCCUGUCCCGGGUUUUGAGAGGUUCAGCAUCACCAAGGACUACAGCCUGAUCAUUAGAAACAUCACUGUUCACGACGAGACGACCUACUCAUGCCUAGUUGUGGAUAUAGAAAGGGAAAGAGGCUAUACGGACUUGAGAGUUAUAGCUUUAGCAGAGCCCCUUGAACCCGUCAUCGAGAUCAUCGAGCCCUGUACUUUAAGACCGCAAGGGGGAUGCAUGUACCAUGUUAAUAGACCUACUACUGAUGAGGACACAUCGGAGGUUAUAAUACUUGUUUCUAAACUUUUCAAUAUUCGACCUCUGCCAAAUCUGACUUGGAUUGGAAGCGAUGGAAGAUUAAAUGAAAAUGCAACUUACCAGACGCAGGAGAAAGAUGGGCUGUUCAGCAUUUCAUCACAAGUUCAGGUAUUCAAGUCUCAUCUUAAUCACCAUUAUACCUGUCAAGCUGAAGGGGAUGCCGUGAAUGGAACCUCAUCAGUGGUCAUUUCGUUUGAGGAUUCUGCUACACAUGUUUCUAAUGAUCUUGUGACCACAAUAACUAUAAGCGUGAUAAUCACGAUAAGUGUAAUAGUGGUUAUCAUGGUUACUGUAGUCCUGACCUUUUACCGAAGACAUGGCAGGUGGCCCUGGUUAACAAGAGAAUAUAAAGACACCGAAAGAAGCAAGACGAAUGGGAUAUCCAUGGUAGUCGAAAAUAAUGACAAUGAUGAUGAACCUGACCAAGAUACCGAAACUAGGGAGGCGGAUGGGAUGCUAACGACAGCCGGGUAUAAUGGUGAUGAUGAAGCUACCCAAUGCAGGAGAAAGAACAAUUGUUGGUGUUCGUGUGGGAACUGUCCUGUGAUGCAGACUGAUGAAGAAAGCCUCUGUUGCCGUGAACUCAAGAGAUGUCGGGAAAUCCAGACCAAUGGAUGUAUCAUUGAUUCUAACAGAAUAAAAUUCCUUUGUCUUGACAAACCAUCUCUGCGUGUGUUUAUCUCUUUAAGGAGCAAAGACCAUCAAAUUCCCGGAUAUAUGGAGAACAAAUCAUAUCGGUUUGCCGCUUUUAGGAUUUGGUCAGAUUACUUGCACGGAUACAUGGGUAAAGGAGUUCGAUGGCCUCUUCCAGCCUGCGUGGUGACACGAGUGCGUCAAGAGUUCCACAAUAAGACAGGUGUCUACGCUGGCUUCAAAUUUGGGAAACAUGGGAAAGUUGGAAAGAAAUUCGUUUCCUUCGUACCGAAAAAUCCAACACUGAUGAAUAUUGGAGAGACAACACCAAUAUAGUAUGCAGAGACUAACACGGAUUGAAUCUAGUCUACAACUGUAGACCCACAUCUGCAGUGUGUGUAUCACAGCUGAUUCAAGGAGUCUGCAUAGCAGACUAAGUCUAAUGGAGCGCUUCGCUCGCCCUUUCAGGCUGGUUCGCAAACCAUCUGCAGAUCCCACUUCACGAGCCAUUCAGAGUCUGCAUAGCAGACUAGAUUGAAUCUUUGUUCAACAUGUGGACCUGCAGGAGACAGAACUAGCACAAAUACAUAUUGCUGUUGUAUUACUGCACUUCGUUAUGGCAAUAGGAAGAGGCUGUUCUUGCGUUUACUAGUCAGCACUAAUCAAUCUAUUGUUUUCGUUAUUGUUUUAAAGAAAAUGUUUUAUGUCUGAAAUUUCGCCUUUUCUCAAUUUUCCCUCAAACAAUUAUAAAUGCGCACCCAUUUAAUUAAAGCGACGGGGCUUUUGGGGCUUUCCUUCGGGCACUUUUUCAUUUUUAAAGUGAAAUUGAAAGAUUUCAAGCUUACUUUUUGUGAUUUUCGUGAUGACGCUCAGUAAAAAAAUGUAAGUUUUCCAAAAUUCGGGAGGGGGAGGGGAUGCCCUCUGUCCCCGCAGCGUUCGGCCACUAUAAUUAAUAUUUUAUAUUAUUACAAAUUCCUGUAUUAUAGACGUGUAUGUAUAUAUCAGUAUGAGCGUGCAGUGCAUUAUGUUUAUAGGGUAAAUUCAACAAACUAAUGGAAUGACCAAAUACAACUCUUGAUUCAACAAUACAGUGCGUCCC